CAUCUCAGAUACUUUCCCAUUUGCGGCUGUGAAAUUUAACUAAAAAUGGGUUCUUUCGGUAAGGGCAAGUUGGAGGUGGAGGAGCAGAGCGCCGCCGCCGUCUGCAGGACCGCACACAGCUUGUCUUCCUCCAUUGUGAGGAAAAGAUCCGACCCGGAACUUGUUUCUCGGAUACGGUUUCGGGUCCUCCGCCAGCUCCUCGCAAAUCUCCAGCAGGUGAUUCUUGGGACCAAGCUCUGUGUGCUUUUCCCGGCCAUCCCUCUCGCCAUGCUCGCUCAUCUCUACUGCUUCAAAAGGCCAUGGAUUUUUGCUCUGAGUUUACUGGGACUAGCCCCUCUUGCUGAAAGAGUCUGUUUCUUGACAGAGCAAAUUGCUAAUUACACCGGACCAACAGUGGGAGGACUGCUAAAUGCAACAUGUGGGAAUGCAACAGAGCUGAUAAUAGCAAUGCUUGCCCUUCACCAGAGAAAGAUUCAUGUCCUCAAAUACUCCCUCUUAGGCUCCAUUCUUUCCAACCUUCUCCUCGUCCUCGGAACCUCUCUUUUCUCUGGCGGAUUGGCCAACAUCAAGGACCACCAGAGAUUCGACCGAAAGCAGAGUGAUGUGAGCACGUCGAUGAUGUUGUUGGGGUUGCUGUGUGUGGCACUGCCGCUGAUGGUCAGGUAUUCGGUUGAGGAAUCGGAAUCCGCAGUGAGCUCAGCAGCAGCAUUGUGGCUGUCCAGAGCAAACAGCACUUUCAUGCUAGGGGCCUACGCGGCGUACCUCUUCUUCCAACUCAAAACUCACAGACAGUUGUUUGAUUCUCCAGAGGAUGAAGAAGAUAAUGUGUUAGAAGAAGAGGCGGAGAUCGGAUUGUGGAGUGCUUUGGUUUGGUUGAUUGGUAUGACACUCACAAUUGCAUUACUAUCAGAGUAUGUGGUUGGCACCAUUGAGGAAGCUGCGGAUACAACAUGCUGGCUCCAUCAUCUUUGCUUUCAAAAAUAAGCUGGAUAUCGCUUUGGGUGUUGCAUUGGGGUCUGCUUCUCAAAUUUUGAUGUUCGUGGUUCCAUUGUGUGUGACUGUGGGGUGGAUAAUAGGGGUGAAAAUGGACCUUGAUUUUGGCCUUCUCGAAACGGCUUCUCUUGCUUUCUCCAUCCUUGUAACCGCAUUCACUUUACAGGUCCGGCCUCCGCCACCCACCUCAAACCCCACAUUUACAUGUAUAUAUGUGAUAUUUUGAUCUAUGUUAAUUCACCGAUCUUUUAAUUAAUACUACCUCCGUCCCGCUAUAUUCGUCCACUUUUGACUUUUGGAACUGUUCAUCUAAGCACUUUGACUCAUCAAAUUCUCUCAAUGUGUAAGCCUAAAUAUAGUCAUGUGUGAUCUUGUUUGAUUUGUCUUAACAUAUAGAUUAUUAAUAUAUAAUUUCUAUAAUU